AUGGCUGUUCAGGCACAGUUGUAUUCUGAAAAUCUGGGUUGGCUUACGAGCUCUGUUUUGGGGAUUGAAGAUGGAGCUAAUUUCAAAUUUCAAGAACACCCACAACAGCAAGUGUUUCAAUCUAUUGGUUUCAAUAGUAAUAAUAAUAAUCAAGGGGCUUCUUGUUCAUCGAGUGUUGAUCAUAACUAUCCAACAAUGGAGUUUUCUGUCUUUGGCUGCCGAGCUCGAGAAGCAGAGGCAAGAAAUCGACUGGAUUCUUCGUCUACAGAGACUGAGGACUACUCUUCUGGAAGAAACAAGGCAACAAACUGGGUUUUGCUGAAGCGAUACGAAGCGAAAACGAUGGGUUUGAUGUGGGAGAAAGAGGAAGACUUGGUGACUGCGAAGAAGAGGACAAUGGAGCUCGAGUGCUUGAGAUGGCAGGAGCUGGAGAUGGAAGUGUGGCAGAGAAUCGCGAAAGAGAACGAAGCGACGGUCACGAAUCUCAAUACAGCUCUCCAACAAACUAGAGAGAGAGUCUCUCUCUCCUCCUCAGAUGCGGAGUCGUUCUCUGAUUCAUCUAAUUACAGAGGAGUAAACAAUAAGGCAGAACAGAGCAAAACAAUGGCGUGUAGGCUCUGCAAUGCUCGAAGAUGGUGGAUUGUGUUUCAUUACCCAAAACGACAUAGUUUAGGUUAA